CUGCUUGCGUGACUCGUAGCGUACGUGACGCCGUACCACCUCCCUCCUUCUCUCCUUUUGUGCGGUUGACAAGCUCCUUCCUUCUCGGACAGGACUGGAACACACAGAGAUAAUGGCUGUACCUCCCACUUACGUUGACCUUGGAAAGUCUGCCAGGGAUGUCUUUACCAAGGGAUAUGGCUUCGGGCUCAUCAAGCUGGACUUGAAAACAAAGUCUGAGAAUGGACUGGAGUUCACCAGCACAGGCUCUGCCAACACUGAGACCAGCAAGGUUGCUGGAUCCCUGGAGACCAAAUACAAGUGGGCAGAGCAUGGCCUGACCUUCACAGAGAAGUGGAACACUGACAACACCCUGGGUACCGAGAUCACCCUUGAAGACCAGUUGGCCAAGGGGCUGAAGUUGACAUUUGAUUCCUCUUUCUCACCGAACACUGGCAAGAAGAGCGGCAAGAUCAAGACAGGUUACAAGUGCGACCACAUCAACCUUGGCUGUGACGUUCACUACGACAUUAAUGGCACAGCCAUCCACGGUGCUGCAGUGGUGGGCUAUGAGGGCUGGCUGGCUGGCUACCAGAUGACCUUCGAGGCUGGCAGGAACAGGAUCACCCAGAGCAACUUUGCAGUUGGAUACAAGACUGACGAGUUCCAGCUCCAUACGAAUGUAAAUGAUGGCACUGAGUUUGGUGGUUCCAUCUACCAGAAGGUGAAUGACAAGCUGGAGACAGCCGUCAACCUGGCCUGGACUGCUGGAAACAGCAACACCCGCUUUGGCAUUGCCGCCAAGUAUCAAAUUGAUCCUGAUGCAUCCUUCUCUGCCAAGGUGAACAACUCCAGCCUCGUGGGCCUGGGCUACACUCAGACUCUGAAGCCAGGCAUCAAGCUGACACUCUCUGCUCUCCUCGAUGGCAAGAACAUCAACGCUGGUGGCCACAAGCUUGGUCUUGGCCUCGAAUUCCAAGCGUAGGAGGAUGAGACAGAUGCCCUUCCAGUGCUCCCUGCACACACACAUUCCCCACCAAAAAAAAAAUCCAAAUCUGUUACUGAUUAGCUAGCCCUCACAAAACCCUGUUUCCCCUAGAUGUGCUACAGCUGGAAGCAAGACAGCAUAAAGGUUAAAUCGUUCCUGAGACGAUCUACCACUUUUAAAG